CGCUCUCUAGCCAUGGGAUUAGGAGAAUCAUUGCUUUUCGCCAUAGUAUUCGUACUCUCGUUUGCCGUGUUAUUCCUCAUCACUGUUCCUCUUGCGGGAGUGCUGGUCAGAUUCAGAGCAAACUAUACGCCCAAGGGCCUUCAACUCGAUGGAGAGGGAGGGGUACAACCACAUACUGGCCCAGUAGUGAACUCGUACUUUGCCAUGUUUGCGAGGGUGAAACGACUUGAGGGCUGGACUGGAUUGUACAAGGGUCUCAUGCCCAGUUUGAUUAACUCGCUUAUUAUUGUUGCAUUCAUUGCUGUACUUCCUGGAACACCACUUGCCCACACGGGUGGUCAUAAGAAAUAUUCUGCUCCUAUUGAAGGUGUUUGGAAUAGACUGGCUUACAGCCUUUUUAUGAUGGUCAUCUCUCUACCCGCUACAGUCAUAACUAACCGCGCUAUCACGACUCCUUACAAGCUUCCGUGGCUCAACGGAGCCUACUCGCUUCGCAUUCUCUUGACAGCGAGCGAGCGUAGACAACCUUGGCUCCUAUUUCUCACUCCGGGACUUAUGGCUUCCGAAGUCCUCCGCAUGCUAUAUGUUAUAUUGAUUAUGGACCCGUUACGUCUGGUGAUAUUGCCUUCAGGAUCAAAACUAUCCAUCGUGCGGGUUAGCGUGUAUCUCGGGCUUGCUUUCGUUAGCACGGCGAUCAUCUGUCCACUAGAGGUCAUGUCUACACGGCUUUCGAUCCAACGAAAUCAUGCUACGUCCGGGUUCGCCCCAGUCGCUCAGGAAGAUACCGAAGCGAAUGACGUAGUAUACGCAGGUGCUGAGGAGGAUGUUAUCGGGCUACGGAAUGAGGACGAUCCAUACGUUGGAUUUGUAGACUGCGCGAAGCGUAUUGUGAAUGAAGAAGGUUAUACAAUCCUCUUCCGAGCAUGGUGGCUUGUUUUGGUUCCGUUGAUGCUGCUGGUGACGUCACCUUGAAGGAUGAUUUAUCCAAAUGCCUAAUGCUGGAGAUUUUGUUUAUUAACUAUCGCAUCGCCAUUGGGCAAAUCGUGCAUAGGCUGCAACUUUAGGUAGUUUCCUACUUCUGCAUAGUAACUAUUCAUUAGUACCAUAUAAAAUAAUAAAGCAGAUACAGUUACGGUAUUUGUUAUU